AGACCAAACUUCGUCGUGAAUUGUAAAUGAAAAAAAAUACAAAAAAGGAAUAAGAGUGCUGCCUUUUUUUAUUUUUUGGUUGUUUUCUGUGAUUGUAACCCCUGUGCCGAAAAGGAAACAAAUUAAGCAACAAAAAGACGGAGCAAACUCAAAAGCAACAACAAAAACAGUGGCAUGUGCAAGUGCAAGGCAAUCAUAAACAACGGUAAAGGGAAGAAGUGAGAGAAGUAAAAGCAAGAGCAAUAAGAAGAGCAGCUAGCAAGCUUGCCAUUGUUUUUAUGAAAAAAAAAACCCACAACGGAAUUAUUGUUAUAUCGAGUUAUAUGUAUUUCUUGGAUCGCAACGAUCACUCACUUUUUUUAAGAGGAAAAUUUAAAAGCAAUAACAAUUUUGUUUUGAAAGAAAACAAAUAUCAGAACAGUAAAGUAAAUAAAUGCGAGCCGGUAACUUUAGUUGACGUCUUCCUUGUCCCUCUUCUUCGCGCAACGAAAGCAACAACAAAAGCAGCAAGAGCUAGAGUGAGAGAACCAAAUCUGUGAUUGCACGUUGUCCUGCUCCCGCCCACACCUUUCCCAUCAAGCUGGAAGAGCCGGAGGAGCAGCAGCGUCAUGGACACCAUCUGUAGACUCUGCUUUCAAACAGCAACGUUAUUCCAAGUGCCCGGCUAUAGCAUACCCACGUGCGUACGCUGCUCCGAACAGCUGACAAACAAUUCAAACUUCCAUCAAGCAGUGCGGGGGGCAGAAGGCGGAUCGGCUGUUUCCGUAUCUGCGGCCGUUGCAGCAGCCGCCGCCGCCGCCGUCGCAUCGUCAUCGACGUCCAGUGAUAGCGACGUUGCUGCAGUGGCGCAGCAGCUGACCAACGGCAGUAAUGCUGCUGCCGUCGCAGUGCUGCAGCUACACCAGCAGCAGCAGCAUCAACAGCAACAACAAAUGCAAUCAUCGAGCUCUUCCGAGAAUCUACAAUCGCAGGACGAUUCUGAAGAUGUGGAUCUGAUAUUCAAUGAGGAGGGGUCCUGUCCCCUUUGCAAUAAGACGUUCUCGCGCAAAUCCUCGCUGAUGACGCACAUACGGAACCACUCGGCGGAGCGUAAAUUUGUUUGCACAUACUGCAACAAAGGCUUCACCCAGGCGGCCAAUCUGCGGAAUCAUGAACGUAUCCACACGAACGAUCGUCCGUACCAGUGCGUCGAUUGUGGCAAGACCUUCACACAGAUCACGAACCUAAAUAAUCAUCGGCGCCUGCACACCGGCGAGCGGCCCUUUGUCUGCAAUGAGCCCGAAUGCGGGCGCAGCUUCGCCCAGGUGACCAACCUCAACAAUCACAUGAAGUCACACCACAAGGUGCAACAAUACUGCUGCAACGUAUGCAACAAGAAGUUCACUCAGGUCACCUCACUGAACCAGCACCUGCAGGCGCAUGCCGGUGUCAGCGGCUACUUCUGUCCGCGUUGUCCCGAUAAGAACUUUAAGCUGCAGUCACAGUUGCACACGCACAUGAAAUCGCACGGCCUGGCCUUCCCCUACGAGUGCAGCAAGUGCGACGAGAAGUUCCUGCAGCAGGCUCACCUCGACCAGCACCUGAAGAUGCACGACGAGUUCAAGUUCAAGUGCGACAUCUGUCCCAGCAGCUUCAACCAAGAGUCGCUGCUGAAGAAGCAUGUGCAGCGGCAUGUCGAGGGUCGGUAUCUCAGUUGUCCAGUGGCCAACUGUACGGAAUCGUUCGCCGUACGCCAGCACCUGUCCAAGCAUUUGCUCACAAAUCACUCCCAUCACGAGCUACCGCCACCGAAGCGCUCCAAAAAGACGGUAACGCUGCAGUCGCCACAACAGCCACUGGCGAUGAUCGGCCAGCCGCUUUCUCUGCAGCACACGACGGGGCAGCGUGGACGACCGCCGAAAAAUAAGAACAAAACGACCGGCACCUUGGCCGCCACGGCUAUUAAGAUUGAGAUCAAUGAGCCGCUACACAGCCAGCAUAUCAUCAGCAGUGCCAGUGGGCUUUCCAUCCAACAGCAGAUCAACCAGCACAUGCAACAGCAGGCGCAACAGCAGGCUCAGCAGCAACAUCAGCAACAGCAGCAGCAUCUACAUCUGUCCAUGGGCCAGGCGGUCAAGGCGCGGUUCAUACCCACCAAGUAGAUAAUGUUCAGUCUCUCUCUCUCUUAGCCCUCCUGCACAGUCCUCGCAGUUGCUUGAACUCCGCUAGUAGCUAGCGCCAUAGCCCGAAUACAUAUCCUCCCCAGUUUGCUAUAAAUCAAUCCAUAUGUAAAAGAUACAUAGAUACAAGAUUUGUGAGUCCGGCGGCAAGCUGCUGGUUCGGUUUGGUGUCUGUCUCCCAACCGCUGCCCAACCAAAGCAAUAGAAAAGCCAAAAUGCAUCACAAGACAGGAACAAAAAACAAAAUCGCAUAAAUGCCACCUACCUUCGGCAGGCCGAAGUUCAAAUACCCUUUGCAGUAAAAUCAAUGAGAUGAUGAGAGAAAUCUGUCCUAAGCCACAGUUCCGGCAUAGUGUCAUACCGAAGACAUAGCUCAUGAACUGCCUCCUUUCUGGAGGACUUUUGUCGUUUGAAAGCGUCAUAUCCCCGCUCGGAGAUAUAUCGCUUUAAAUGUCUCCGCCGUUUAACAAACGACAUAUCUCCGCGCAGAGCUAGGACGUUUUCCGACGACAUGUCGUCGGAGAUAUUGUCGCUGCCCCCACAGUUCCAUAUAGCCAUUUCAUUUGGCUUUGCAAAUUGUAAUUCUUUGAUAAAGAUGGGAGAUGGAUGUGUAUCCUUGAGUGCUAGUAACUCACUCUGUAAAAGUUCUUAUGGCUCAUGGCCGCCCCCCUCUUCUGCAAAAGGGUAUUUUCAAGCAGCAUUGACAGCAUCGGAGAUCAACAGACAGGACAAAACGGACUUCAAGCACGAAAAAGAACAGGGGGAAAACCAGUCUAUACAAAUCGAAUUGACAUUUAAAUUGUAAUUUUAAUGCAAAAACACGAACACACACACACACACACACAGACAGAAACCAAUUACCUAAAAUGAAUAGUAAUUAUGCA